GACUAAAUUAGAUUUCAGAUCGUAAACUACGAUUUUUUUGGUGCAAUUUUAGUGGUUUUUUUGGUUAUUUUUUACAGCGUAUGAACACUUGUGGGAAGUUGAGUGUUGUAGUUCUGUGCUGCAGCGCAAGGCAGCGGCGUCUCUCUGUUCACUCUCUUCCGUCUGCGCCGGCCAUUGUCUUCUGCGUCCUGAUGGACUGUAGAAUAUUGUCAAUCAGUCUCCUUCGUGCCGUCUCUUGUUGUGGUCAUGUCUACCAAACUAAAUAACCGUGUGAGCUGCUUGCCAACUGCCAAGACCGCAAACAAUGGAAGAAACAGAAGAAGUUAACCGCGCGUGACUCAGGUUGCAAGUUUUCUCCCCCGACAUAACCCACAAUGUCGGCGAAACGCUCUGCGCCCGAAAGGCAGAGGAAGCCAGCCAUCGCACAGAAGGUUGGACCUCUGGACAUGCUGAAGGAAGACAGAAGUCACGCGAAUUUCAAUCAUUGCGGGCUAUUUCGGGGACCGAUCCCCCGCGGUAAACGAGGGAACGCUGUAUUUUUGAAAUGGUACUUGGCAUUAAAAGUUUGUUGUUGCUCCUCAUCAGUGACCUCUGACCUUACAAAUGGACAAAAAAAUAUAAAUCCACUCCACAGUGUUGUAGAAGGUCAUCCCAUAGCAGUGUCCUGCUGGUGCUAACGGGUUUUCCUUCUUCUAGACAAUCUAGAGCGGGCGUCUCUUUGCUCCAGCUGCAUCUGCUUGUGUGUGUGUGUGUGUGUGUGUGCAGUGCAGUGUGGAUUCAGCACCUUGCUAAUAGUGCACACAUUAACUGCAGCACACAUCAAGGGGGGAGGAGCAGCGGUACCUCCAUGGCUUGCAUGCGUGCUGGACAAAAUGUGUUGCGUCUAUGAGGGUGCACAGCAAAAGAGGAGGGGUAUAUGCGUGUGUGUGUGUGUGUGUGUGUGAGGUUUGAACUGGCUGCUUACAGGGAGGCAGGAAUUAGGCAGAGGAGAGCAGCAAACGUCUGAGGAAGAAGAAGAGGAGGAGGCAACCUCGUGCUUCAAUCAUGCCUGCACAAGUGAAGGAGGAGCAGAGCUCAGAGGGGCCUCCUUCAUUGUCACUGUCCCAGGAGGUGAAACCCCAGGCCACCGUGGAUCAGCCAUCCACCAACGAAGAGGUGGACACCUCCAUCGCCUCGGUCAUGACGUCCACCAACGACAGCUCCACUGAGGCUGGCACGCCUCUGCAGACUGACACUGAGGAGUUAAAGGCUGUGGAACAGGAAGCAGAACACAGCCCAGAUGAGUUGCAGCAGGAGAACCUUCAAGCAUCAAAUGCACCAGAAGGGGUUCAAGAUAACGCCCCCAUAGAACAACCUGUUCCCGAGGCACACGCUGAACCUUCUCAGUCAUCCAACACCAACCCAGCUCAGCCUGGUGAGCCUCCUCCAGUCACCCUGGACAACAAGGGUCGAGUGUUCCCCGUCCCCGACGCCUAUCGAGCCAUGGGAGGUGAUUUACGGUACGGGAGCCUCUCCCGUGGCAGCAGCGCCCUCCACAGCUACUGGCCAACGAAAAACUUCCAGCCCGGGGCACACUACACUUUGCCCUUCCUGAGGGACAGCUACGCUCCUGCACUGGGCGACGAGAUGAACCAAUCAGAAAACCCUUUAGACGUGAGGAAUGACCACCCAGCAGCAACUUACGCUACAUUGGGAGGGGUUCACCCCUUCAGACCCAUCACCACCAUGGAGCUCCUCAGGGAGCCCUCCAGAACCAGAGGUGGCUAUGACGAUGCCUUCAUGGCCCAGCUGGAGGGGAACUUGAAUCCUUUCUUCCAGGCUAUGUGCCGAGCUCAGACCCUGCAGUUCCCCCACAAACGCAGCAGCAUGGUCAGCCUGGACAGUAUCCGCAGAGACCCACGCUGGAGGGAUCCCAACCUUCACGAGGUCAUCGCCAUGCUCAGCCACCCGAUGGACCCGGUUAAGUCCAACGCCGCCGCCUACCUGCAGCACCUCUGCUACGAGAACGAGUGCAUCAAGAAAGAGGUGCGCCAGCUGAAUGGUGUGCCGUCCUUGGUGGACUUGCUGGACCACCCCAAAGCCGAAGUCCACCGGAAGGCCUGUGGAGCCUUGAGGAACAUAUCCUACGGGAAGGACCACAAUAACAAAAUGGCCAUCAAGAACUGUGAUGGCAUCCAAGCUUUGGUCAGACUGCUGAGGAAGUCGAGCAGCAUGGAGGUCAAGGAGCUAGUCACAGGCACUCUCUGGAACCUCUCCUCUCACGAACCUUUAAAGAUGAUGGUCAUCAACCACGGCCUUCAAACGCUCAACGACGAAAUCAUCAUCCCUCACUCGGGCUGGAGGAGAGACCCGGGUGACCCAUCUAAGCGGCACAGCGCUGAGUGGACCACCGUCUUUAAGAACACAUCGGGAUGUCUGAGAAACGUCAGCUCAGAUGGAGCCGAGGCUCGACAGCGGCUGAGGGAGUGUGAAGGACUUGUGGAUGCACUCGUCCAUGCCCUUCACUCGGCUGUGGUCAACAAGGACACGGAUAACAAGUCAGUGGAGAACUGCGUGUGCAUCCUGAGAAACCUUUCCUACCACGUUCACAAGGAGGUAGCAGGGGUGGAGCGCCUCCAGGAGCCUCACGUCACUCAGCUGAUGAGGUCAGUGGGGCCGCACAAGAAGAAGAGCGAGCCCGACUGUUUUGGAGGCAAAAGACCCAAAGAGGAAUGGUUCAGUCAUGGCCUGAAGCUGCUGUACCAGCCGGAGGUGGUGAGGCUUUACCUCUCUUUGCUCAGCUGCAGCCACAACGCCAACACCUUGGAGGCUGCUGCCGGCGCUCUGCAGAACCUUGCCGCGGGACACUGGAGCUGGUCCAGCUACAUUCGUGCCACCGUGAGGAAGGAGAAGGGUCUCCCUGUCCUGGUGGAGCUUCUGCGCUCAGACGUGGACAAAGUGGUGAGAGCCGUGGCUAUAGCGCUGCGCAAUCUGGCCAUGGACAGACGCAAUAAAGACCUGAUAGGAAGCUACGCUCUGAGGGACCUGGUGGCCAACCUGCCAUGUGGCCAGCAGCGUCCGGCCAAGAACCUGGAGGGGGACACGGUGGUGUCGCUUCUCAACACCAUCCACGAGAUCAUCACCGACAGCCAGGAGAAUGCCAGAGCGCUCAUCCACGGACACGCCGUCCAGAAACUGGUGUCCAUCGGCAGGUCAAGCCAAUCACCACGUGAGACCAGAGCUGCUUCUCACGUGCUGCAGAGCAUCUGGGCCUACAAGGACCUGAGGACCACUCUCAUAAAGGCGGGCUGGAACAAAAGCCACUUUAAGCCAACAACCACCGGGACGACGAAAAAAUCCAAGAGUGCAAAGCAAAGCAGCGAUGACAUCACUUUGCCUCUCAUGGACAGAAGCCAAGAUGUCUAUUCCAGUUUGGAGGCCAAUGACAGAGUUGGGGAUGGAAUCGGGGCUGUCGUCGAAAGAGACGCUGUCCAGGCCACGAGCGAGAGGAAGCACUUCAUCCGAGCCGGCAGGCCCGCCGUAGGCCUCAUGGAUAACAAACCUCCGCCACUGGACUCGUGGGUGUGAACGCGAUGGACCGUUUCUACUCUCCUGGAGACGCUCUGUCAUGGACAUUUAUGCAAAUGGAUGCUACACUUAGAAACAACCACUAUUUCAUUGCGAUGAUAUGUGCCAAAUAUUGACUUGUAUCUAUGAUAUAUACUACUACACAUGACAUACCGUAUGACAUAGUCUUAAAUAUGCAACCUGUGCUACAUUAGGACUCCAAAGAAAAUGUUGGUUUCACCACAAAAAUACACAGAAAUGAAAUUAAGCUGCAAAUGUUUUCUAUAAAUAAAAAAUAUUUGAAAUUUUAAUCAUAAUAAUAAUAAUAAAAUUGGCUAUAAUUUAAUAAUUCUGUCCUCCCUCAGGAGUUUUGAUUCCCGCGAGGUGCAGGGUAAGACAAGAUGUGUAAAUGUGUAACAAAGGACUGUUAAUAAGCUAAAUCAAUGCAUUUAUAUUGUGAUAUUUAUUCUAUAUUAUACAGUAUAAGACAGCCAUGUUAUGAAUCCAAGGUGUUAGAUGUGUAUGAGCUACACUCCCAUCAGUACUUGAGGUUCGUAGUCGCUCGCUCCUUUUUGCAUUGCAGUGUAGAAUGACAAACGGAAAUAAACAAAUGUGCGGAAUUCCUCUUUUUUUGAAUCUUUUCAACCAAGUUAUUUGGGUUUUCUUUUACAAAGGCUAGUUUGCAAACACAAAUGCGUAAUUGGGGCUCGAAUGUUGAAUUCCAAGUGGAGGAUGAUAACGUGUGGGUCAUUAAAGCAGCAUGUGUUGUUUGUUGAGGAGCUCCACGGUGGUUGGCAGUCAGUGUGCUGUUAGAGUUCCAAAAGAGGAAAAAUAUGCCAGAAUAACAUUUACAAAAAAAAAAAAAGAUGCAAAGAUGGCCACCCUGGAAACAAACUAUGGGAAUAAAGUCAUCAUCUUCCGAAAA